AUGUCUCCCCAAUCGAAGCCCAUCAGUCUGGUGGAGCGUUGCUGGUGUCGGUCGACCCUCAACACGGUUCCUCAGCGCUCCAUCAAAGAGCUCAAGUUCCUCCACACACCCAACUGCCCCUUCCAAGUCAUUGCCAAGCUGAAGAACAACAGGGAAGUUUGCAUCAACCCGGAGACCAAGUGGCUGCAGCAGUACUUAAAGAACGCCAUUAACAAGGUGAAGAAAUCUAGAAGACGCAAUGGCAAGAAAAACUAAACACAAGGGAAGACGCGCAGGUUGUCAGGCCCCCCCCCCCGGGUGGAACCUGUAUACCUCCCUCACUGCUAUGGAUGUAUCCAAACACGCUGUAUGUACCCGUCCACCUCUCUGGACCACUUGCAAAACCAGCCCUUCACCCCCAGACUGUGCCCCCCAGCACCGCCACCGACCCCCCCCCCACACCCACGCAGUCACCUAGACUCUCCAUGUUAGCACCAAGUGCCAUUAUACCUCGAGUGACGGGAUAGAGAGCAACUAACUGAUUGUGUCAUCAUUUAGUCUUUUCUUACUUCGCACAAUGUGAAACAAUUUGAGCUUUUUGCCUCAAAACACUUUGUUCUUAAUGCCACCUUUGUCACGUCAGAAAAAAACAUUCAAAUCAGUAUUCCAGAAGGAAUUACAAUUGGAUUUUGUUGGCUGGUUAUGUCUUAUUAAUUAUACACCUCUCCGUGUAUACAUCUUUUGAAAAGGACUAAAUGCUAUUUCAAUGGACUAUUCCCGACUGAAAUGUAAAAGUUUCCUCUGAUAAGAAGUGAAAGUGGCAUUACUCUAUGGCUAAAAGGUCAUGGGGCACUAACAGACCAAUCAGGGCAGGCCAUGCAGGCCAACAGAGUCUUUAAAGUCUUCCAGCUUCCUCCACCAUGGACGCUCACACACGCUGCCUAAAAAAAAGCACUGAUUUUGUGGUGCUAUAUAUUCCAUAUGACGGGGGCCGGAGCCAUAGAUAUAAUUAUAUUUCACUGUUUGUUUUAUGCAAGAUUUAUGAUGGGAUGUUGUGACCUCUAUGUCUUUUUUACCAUCACAACGUGCUGUCGUUGGAGUCUGACGAGGCACAUGAAAUGGAAAGCUGAUGUUGUGCUCAGGCCAUACUCUACUGUUAAAGACUAUACAACUAAUACUUAUGAAUGCAGAUUUUUAGUUCUUGAACAUAUCAUUUAACAGAGACCAAAUAUUUAAAGAUAGUAAAACGUGCAACAUGAAGAAACCUGUGAACCUCAAAAACCAUGGCCAUCUAUUUCAUUUUAUUGUUAGAAAGAUUGUCAUAAUUGUUUUUACACCUUAUCAAAUGGACUUUAGUUAGAUGUAUAAAUGACAACGAGCAUACCACAGCAGUAUUUCCAUACCAACACCUGUCCUUGGUAGGAAAUGGGAAGCUUAUAAAUGGUCGGCCGAAUGAUAAAUAUCAGAAAGGGAAAGUUCACUUUGGCAAAAGAAAGUGUUUGAUCAUGUUUUAUAUAUAUGUAUUUGAGCCACUUUAUUAUCAGAUGUCUCUUUUAAAUGUAAUUGUUUUAUUUUUAUAUUGUGUAUAAUCUUACUAAAUGUUAUUUGAAUGCAAUGUACAGUAGGCACUAGCUACUUAAUGAAGGCUAGUCCAAUGCAAGAACCAGUGUUAAACAUAUUUUUUAAGGUUUUAGGCAAUAAUUCAUAAAGGUAUAUCGAUGUUACUACACAGUAUGAGAGACUAAAAUACAAUUUCUAAUAUUUUUUACUAUGUGGAUAAAUGAUUAGCAAAGAAAUAACAUAUCGUCCUCCUGGUUUGUUGUUCUCCGUGUCCUUAUCAACCAAUCUGCUAUGUAACAGCUGAAUAAAGUUCAAGUGAGAGCGAUUUUAAAACAAAAAGCCACUGUCAUUGUGUUACACGAGUCAGGAAGUCAUUCAGCCCACCGGUCGACCCCCUGAACACUUGAUUUGAUUUUUAUAGAUUUACUGAGGUUGAUGAAUGAUGUGACAUAGGGCCACUGAGCCAAAACAGAACAUAUCAUUUCAGUUGAAAUUCAAGCGACCGACAUGUGCUUCCAAUGUGGACACUCCCCGCUCCCCAUGGGCUUUAUUUUCCCUUUCACUCAACUGCUGCCAUACCGAACAUUUCCCCCCUCUUAAACUGUAAUGUAAGCCCCGUUGGUUUUGGUCAUUUCUCUGUUCUUUGUUUUGUUUUGUUCUUUCGGGUCUAUUUGCUGUGAGUGCCUGAUCACAGGUGAUACUCAUACCAAUUUGCAGCUAAUGGUGCAAUAAUAAAUGUAGUUCAAUUACCAUUAUUGUAAUAGGAGGUAAUGGACAUUUUAUAUUAUUAUACUAAUUUGUUUAAACACAUUGCCGUAUAAAAUAACACUGUUCCAGUUUCAAAAUGCACUGAUAUGCAAUGAUAAACUUCUAAUGUGAUUCAUUGUGCAAUUUCUGGACAAAACACCCCAUUACCAAAAUACUUUAUGAACUUAAAUCUUUUUUAAUCUAAUAUGCGAUUAUUGUCUCUAUAACAGGAGAAGGAUAUUGCAUUACAGUACAUGUGGAAACACUUUAUUAACCACACUGUUAGAACUUGUUUUCAACAUUAGUGAUAUUAAUCAGACUAUAAGUGCUUUCAUGUUUAGCAUUGUGGCCCCACAUAUUCAAUGUGAUUAUGAGUAAUACCAAUACAUCUUCAUCAGUGUGCAAAAGAGCUUUUCAAUAAGUUUGUGUGUGUAUUAUUUGAACCAAAAUACACAAUCAGGUUCAUAUUUACUUAACUAUGGUGCAUUCAUUAUCAAAGUGGGUGCAUGUGUUCCACUUUGGACCCCGAGAGAAUGUGAAAUAUUUCUUUUGAGGCAGCUUCUUCUGACAUAUGUUCUUUAUAUUCGUGAGAUUUAUUGGAGUAUUAUUCUCUGUAUUGUCACUGUUUGUAAACUGAGAGGCAGUAUUUUAACUAUGAUACUCAAGCCCUUUUUCAAUAAAGUCAUAUGAAGUCAAA